GUUAUUUUUGGAAAUUAGGGUUUAACGUUUAGGGUUCUAAGCUCUGAGCGUUAUAGCAUUCUAAGGAAGCCGCCUACUGUCAGGAAACCCUGUCGUCGGAGCCUAUCGUUUCUCUGCGAGAUGGCUUUUUGGGGAGUUGAAAUCAAGCCUUCUAAACCACACAGCCAUAAUUUCGACCAAUCACGCGGCAGGCUUCGUAUAUCUCAGGCAACGCUGGGGGAUGGAAAGUCUACAUCUAAGAGCACUGUGCAGUGCAAUGUAGGCAACAAAAGCCCCGUUUUGCUGUGCAGUUUGAUUCCCAAUGUAUCUGAAACUUGCCAUUUGGAAUUGGAGUUUGAGGAUGAUGAAGAAGUUAUCUUCUCUGUUCUUGGGCAGAGAAGCGUCCACCUAACUGGAUAUUAUCUCGGUCAUGGGCCUAGCUUGGAUGGAAAUGAUACUGAAUCUUAUGGGGAGGAUAUUGCUGAAUCUGAUACUUCUGAUAGCUGCAGUUAUGGCAGUGAAGAUGAGUAUGAGUCUGAUUUUAUAGAUGAUGCUGAUGUUGCAAUUUAUACUGAUUCUCAGAGGCCCAAAAGCAGCGUUGUGAUUGAGGAGAUUGAAGAUGAUGACAAACAACAGCGUAACUUCCGUCGCCUAAAAAAGAAACAAGAGAUUAGUGACUCCGAGGAUGCUCAAUUCGGAUCCAAACAAAUAGUGGUGAGGAACCAAGAAUCUUCAAAAGUAGAAAGCGAAGAUGAAGAUGGUUUUCCCAUUUGUUUCCCCGUCGAGAGUAAAAGUUCCAAAAAGAAGAAGAUAAAUCAUGAUAAGAAAACAAAGAUUGAUGCUGUUGGUCAAGAUACUAUUCUUAUUAGUGACGCGGCUCGUGAUUCCGCAAUUCCUAUUGAAACUGAAUCUAAAAAUAAUGAAAAAUCAAAGAAAAGGAAGGGGAAGGAUGAAACGUGCUGUGUAGGAUCUGAGAACAAUGAGAAACAGAAUAAACAAAAGGAGAGUACCAACAUGGAGAACAGAUCUGAAAAUGAUGCUCAUAUUACAAUUAAUGAAGUUGAAGAACAUGCUAAGCAAAAUGGAGUUAAAGAUACUGAGAAUGAUUGUGAAUCUGCUCCUGUUCUGCCUGCUGAUUCUGAGAACACCAAGCAUAGCAAGACAAAAUCCAAAAAAAGAAGAAUUAGGGAUGAACCGGUGUCCGAUACGAAAGACUAUAGUAAGGACGACAAAAUUGACACGGAUAACAUGCCUGAAGGGGACGGGAUGCCGAUUGAUAACGACGCCAUCCCUGCGGCUGCAGAUGAAAAUGCUGUGAAGAGAAAGAAAAAGAAAAAUAGGAAAAAGAAUAGUUAUUCGGAUAUAAAACACGAGUUAGAAAAGGAGAAAGCUGGCCCGGCGAAUGGUGUCGAGGAAUCGUUGCACGGAUCUCAAGCUAUCAAAACUAGAACUUUUCCUAACGGUCUUAUUGUGGAGGAAGUUUCCAUGGGUAAACCAGACGGUAAAAAGGCGUCUCCUGGAAAAAAGGUAUCAGUCCGCUAUAUUGGCAAAUUAAAAAACGGAACUAUUUUCGAUUCGAACAUCGGCCAGAAGCCCUUCAAGUUCCGACUUGGCAUAGGUGAAGUAAUCAAGGGAUGGGAUAUAGGUGUUAAUGGCAUGUGUGUUGGUGAUAAGAGAAGGCUCACUAUUCCACCUUCAUUCGGUUAUGGGGCUAAAGGUGUGGGGAAGAUUCCACCAAACUCUUGGCUUGUUUUUGAGGUGGAAUUGAUUGAUGUGCAGUGAAAGAAACACUGCAUAGUUUUAGAGGUACUACACUAAUGCUAUUGAGUGGCUAUUUUUUGUCCUGUUUUGUGGAGAGUUAAGCAAGCAGCAAGAGUUGCCACAAUUUUGUUUCUGAACAUUUUGAUCAUAAUGUUAUUCAAAUUUGCAACUCA